AUGCCAUCUUUGAUUAGCCCCGCCAACGUUUUGCGAGGCCCGUCAUCAGGGGGCCCUCCUGGCGCUGGUGCUGGUGCUGCAGCUACGUUGUCCUUGUUCUCCGUAGGUCCUUUGACAACGAAUACGCUUGGCAUCACGCUGGCCUUGAGUGGGGAUUUGGCCUCUCCAGCGCUCCCAUUCGCAUGGGCCGGUGGCGUGCCUGCAUCUGUGGUCGUCGCGGGUGAAGAACUCGCUGAUAACAAGGAUUUCAAUAGCUGCGAUCCGGGAGAAGGUGCUGGGAGGGGUUUGUAUACGGACGAGCUCAAAUUGGUGAUGUUGGACUUGCGAGGGGUGCUAGGAGUCGCGGUUACCGCGGGUGAGGCAGGGGCCGCUGGACGGACCUUGAAACACGACCUCGAGAUAAAGUUCCACUUGCCAGGGUCAUUGAAGAUGGCCACCCUCCGAGAAGCGGGGCCUUUGUUAAUCCGACGAUGCCUCCAGCCCACUUCGCAAACAGGCAUCCGGAUCAGGACUGUCUCGACUGAGAAGCAUGCCGCGUCCACAGAGGCUAUCAAAGAAUGCCUGUGUGUUCUCAUACUGGAUCAUUGUCACCAAUCCCAGUACGAGAAGGCGGGGGAAUAG